UUUAAUUCAAUUGGGACACAGGGUGCUAUAGGUACUAAUUUAAUUCAUUUGGGACACAGGGUUCUACAGGUACAGAAUUAAUUUAAUUGGCACAUAGGGUGGUUCAUGAACUAAUUUGAUUUAUUUUGGACACAUGGUGCUUCAGGCUCUUGAAGCUGCUCAAUGGAUUAGAUUAACCAGCUGUGCAGCUGAUCUUACAAUAUAUGCUGGAGAUUUCAACUCUGAACCAACUGACGUGCCCUUCAAUAUUCUGAGACAAGUUGGUGGCCUUGAGGAUUCAUGGGCUGUAGUAAAUGGUAGCAAGGAGGGUGGAGGUACCUGUGGAACUCCAUACAACACAUAUACCACCUCUAAGGAAAAGAAGGAGGCACCUGCAGGGAAACGCAUUGACUAUAUUCUCUACACGAGCGGGCCUAAAAUACAGGUUUCCGCUGUUGAAUGCAAACUUCCUCUUCCACAGCGUAUACCUGUAUCCAUCAACUAUAAACAGUUGAGCUAUAGUGAUCAUGAAGGGGUUGCUGCAGUUCUUAAGAUAGAGAACAAUCAGGGAAAAUCAGGGGAACAGAAGAGACAAAGUUCAGAACGUGAACAAUGCUUGGAAAGAGCUACAGCUUUAGUAAAAAACGCAGUAGAGGCUUCAAGAAAGGAUAAAUUUAUAUUCCUCAUCAUCUCCAUAUUCUGUCUGGUCUGCUUCCUCCUCACAUUCUCAGGAACAUAAAGAUAUUAUUAUUCG